UUGAAAUGUCAGUUUAACCAUCACCAGUCAGCCCCAAAAGUUGAAGGGGGACGGGGUGUUAUAAGAAAAAGUAGUUGUAUUCAAGAAAAAGUACGAAAUCUCAGAUCUCUCUAAAACUCAUCGUCAUCGCCUUGAGAAUUAUAUUUUUCUUGCUGUUUCUGCUGAAUUCUUAUCCAAGGAGCAGGAGCGUGAGGCUGUCAAAAUGGCAGGGAAAAUAUCUGCAGCAUCAGCUAGGGCUCAUACACGAAAAUCAAAACAGAACAGUGGUUUUAAACUUCCAUUUGGAAUGUUUACUACGGUAUCAGUAGUUAUUUUAAUGGGGUUUGUGGCAUUUGCUUAUCAAGCAAUUCAACCUCCACCUCCAAAGAUUUGUGGCACUUCAGAUGGCCCACCAGUUACUGCACCUAGAGUCAAACUCAGUGAUGGAAGGCAUUUGGCCUACAAAGAACAUGGGGUUCCUAGAGAUGAAGCCAAAUAUAAGAUUGUUUUCAUUCAUGGAUUCGGUUCAUACAGACUUACUACAAUACGCCUAUCUCAAGAACUUGCUGAAGAACUGGGGAUAUAUAUGGUGUCAUUUGACAGACCUGGGUAUGGAGAGAGUGAGCCAAAUCCAAAACGGACAGAGAAGGGUAUUGCAUUGGAUGUAGAAGAGCUUGCUGAUCAGUUAGGUCUAGGAUCUAAAUUCUAUGUACUUGGAUUUUCUAUGGGAGGUCAGGCGACCUGGGGCUGCCUAAAAUACAUCCCUCACCGGUUAGCAGGAGCAGCACUAGUCGCCCCAGUUAUCAAUUACUGGUGGCCCGGAUUUCCUGCCAAUUUGUCGAAAGAAGCGUAUGAAAAGCAACUUCUACAAGACCAAUGGACUCUUCGAGUGUCUCACUACGCCCCAUUCCUCACAUACUGGUGGAACACUCAGAAAUGGUUUCCUGCUUCAAGUGUUGCAGCCAAAUCCAGUGCUAUUCUUUCUACGCAAGACAGAGAGAUCCUUUCCAAAAUUCCUAGGGUAGACAUGGCACCAAUAACGCAGCAAGGUGAAUUCGAGUCACUUCAUCGUGACCUGAAUGUUGGUUUCGGAAGCUGGCAGUUUGAUCCUAUGGACCUUGAAGAUCCAUUUACUUGCGGUGAAGGUACAGUCCACCUGUGGCAUGGGGAUGAAGAUUUGUUUGUACCUAUUAGUCUGCAACGGUAUAUUGCAGAAAAGCUUUCAUGGAUUCAGUACCACGAAUUAGCAGGUUCAGGGCACUUGUUCCCUUAUGCUGAUGGAAUCAACGAUGCCAUUAUAAAGGCACUUGUGCUGGGAGAAAAAAAAGAGGGAUAGUGAAGCCUUCAUGUUAUGUGGAUGGACAGAUUAGUGGUAUGGUAUUAAAAUUGUAAAAUAAUUGAUUACAUGUUGGCAAGGUAAAAAUGACUAUACACAACAGUAUGUCUUAUUCAUACAAGUACAAUGUGUCCAGGGUUUUUUACGUAAUGAGCAGAGAAAAUGUCAAGGGGGACUAGGGGAGUAUUCUUUACAUUUUUUUUUACAUACUGUGAUCGAGUUUCAUUGUAAUUCUAUUGAUUUUGUAACUUUUGUUAGACCAAUAGAUGAUAAAUUGGCAUUUCCUAAUAGAUGAUAUGAUUCU